UGUUGCCAAGAAUGCAUACAACUCAAAGAAGUAAGUCAUAUGCCUAUAGAAAUGAAGGCCAAUAUGUUGCCAAAGCUGGGAAUGGGGGGAUCUUUUCUUGCUAUGUCUUUGUUAAGACGUUUUUUAGUUACACUAAUCUUGUUUACUAGAAUUAAAAAACAGUAUUCCUAUAGAAAUUAAGGCCUUAUUUUUCCAGUGUAGUGCAACCGCUAGAAAAGAGAGAGCUGUUGUUGGAAAUUGCAAGGAAAUGGAAAUUAAUAAUAAUAUUUCAAAGAGAGAGACUUGUUAAUAAUAAUAUGCCUAAUUUUGACUCUUAUUUUUGCAAGGGGUAGUUGGGAGUGGGGACUGCUUCUAGAAGGAGACAGCAAUGACAGGGAAGACUUGUAUACUGGUCAACGUUCAACGGGCGUCUGCCGCCUUGAAGGUUCUAUCUUUUAUUCUGAAAACUUGUAGAACGAUGGACAUUCGAUUUUGAAUGUUUAUUAUCAUCAUCCUCUUGCUGCUUUUCUUCUCUAGAUUGUCCUGUGCAACUGAUAUCAUCACCUCAUCCACCAACCUUAGUGAUGGCAGAACCUUAAUUUCUAGUGAUGGAAGCUUUGAACUGGGGUUCUUCAGUCCUGGAAGCUCUGCCAAGAACCGUUACUUGGGAAUUUGGUUCAAAAAGGUCUCAGUUCAAACUGUUGUUUGGGUUGCAAACAGAUGCAACCCGAUAAACGAGUUGUCUGGUCUUUUGAUGAUAGAUAGCACAGGCAAUUUGGUACUCCUCAGUCAAAACAGGAGUGUCGUAUGGGCAUCAAACUCAAAGAAAGAAGCUCAAAACCCGGUAGUUCAGCUCUUGGAUUCUGGAAAUCUUGUUCUAUGGGAUAGAAUUGCUGGUAAAUUAGAAAGUAUUUUAUGGCAAAGCUUUGACUAUCCUACUGAUACUUUAUUGGCAGGGAUGAAAUUUGGAGGGGACACAACGACUGGUCUUAAUCGACAACUAUCAGCAUCGAAGUCCCAAGAUGAUCCAUGCCCUGGAGACUUAACUUAUGGGAUAGAAACAUAUAAUUAUCCGGAUUUUGUUAUAUGGAAAGGCUCCAAAAAGUAUUUCAGGUUAGGACCCUGGAAUGGCAAUGGAUUCAGUGGUACAUCAAACACAAAUCCCAAUCCGUAUAUAACGUCCAACAUCACCUCAAAUGAAGAGGAGACUUCCUCCACAUAUUACAUCAGUAAAAAAUCAUUAAUCACAAGGGUUGUUUUAAACCAAACAUCCAGUAGGAUGGAGCGCUCCAUAUGGAAUGAACAAGCUCAGAAUUGGAUAUUAUUCAAUCAUUUUCCAAGGGAUGACUGUGACAACUAUGGGACUUGUGGAGUAUAUGGAACCUGUGCCAGUACAACGCUACCACCUUGUCAAUGUUUGAAAGGUUUCAAGUUUAAAUCACAAGAAGGGAACUCAGUGGACUGGUAUAAGGGGUGUGUGCGCAAUAACCCAUUAGACUGCCAAAAAGGAGAUGGAUUUAUCAAACUUAGAAGGUUAAAACUACCAGAUACUGAACAUUCUCAGGUGAAUGAAAGCAUGGAUCUCAAUCAGUGCAGGGCUAAAUGCUUAGAGAAUUGUUCUUGUAUGGCCUAUACAACCUUGGAUAUUAAA